AUGUACUUUUCAGCCGAUCCUUCAAACAACCCCACCAAAGCUUCAAUGGAUAUCACCCAGCUAAGGGCCUUCACCGCCAACGGCGAUCUCGCGCUCAAUCCGAGCCCAAUGGAACGCCAGUUGCUCCGAGGAUUCGAGCCAUCCGAGCUGCGGAGCUACAACGCCGCAGUUGAGAAGUUCAUGGAGUACCAACGCGCCACCUCGUCGGUCCCUUUCCGGCUUCCGGCGUCGGUCGAUGACAUCGAGGGGUUCGUCUUCUGGGCCGGUCGGGUUUACGGCGUCCGGAAGCCCCAGGAAGUGUCCUCGAAGACUUUGGCAGAGUUCCUCUCUGGAAUCCAGGCAUGGCACCAAUAUCACAACGUGGUAUACCCGCGCAUGCUACGGGUUGAAGUCAUGCUACGAGCGUCCAAGAAGAUGGACAAAGAGAUCGAAAAAUACCGACUUGCCCAUGGUGUGGACGAAAUCUCUAAAAGUGGUCGGAAAUCAGACGCAUCUGCCAAGUCCGCCAAGAAACCUGCCAAAGCAGCUAAUUCGGACCAAUCUGAUGACGAUGACGACCAAAAGAGCCGUAAACGCAAGCGAUUGUCUCAAGACAAGAUCACCUCAACAAUCGCACCCCUUCGAAAGAAUGGCACUGGUGGACCUACAAAAGCCGAUCGAGACAGUGUCAAAAAUCGCAAAUCUGUCCGAUCGGAGUCAGAGGCCUCUGAAGCGGAGUCAGUCGAUGCAGAAGAAUGGCAUGCCAAACACAAAAAGUUACCGAGUUGGGAGGAUCUGAUUCGCAGCGUUCGAACAAUUGAGAAGCCCAGCGUCAAUGACGACAAUGCCUCGCAAAAAUCCCGAGAAAAAGCGGAUAACGUCAUCAACGUUUGUCUACUAUGGAAAAAUGGACGUGUUUCAUGGGUCUCCAACGAGGUUGCUCGAGAUAAGCUCCCCCAAAAAAUGCUUGACUUCUAUGAAGACCAUCUACAAUUCUCGACCACUGAGCCAUAA